AUGUUUGAAGAUUUGAUAGAUGAAAAAAUUUAUAACAUAUCAAAUGGAAAUUUAUGGGUUAAAGAGCUUUCUAAACAACAAUGGGUCACAUACUUACGAGAUCAAUUAAAAGAUACAAAUAAAAUAAGCGCUCUACCUACUCAAAAAUUUGAUUCAACUACAAAUGAAUGGAAGUCUUUAGAAUGGGAGGUUUACCCAGAACAUUUAGUAGACGAAAAACCUCCAAAAAAAUUUGUUUAUAGAUGUAAUUUAUUGUAUAAUGAAGAUUUAAUACUUAUUACAUCUAUUGGAUUAUUAAUUUUGUCAGUUUGGCAGAAAGAUGAAAUUAGAUUACGAUAUUACAAGGGGUAUCCUUUUAAAUAUAGUUUUCUAAUCAAAAAGGAUCUUAAAAAUCAAAUGAUAUCGGGCUAUUCAAGGAAGGAAUCCGAAUAUAAAAAAAAACAAUUUUUUGCAAAGAAAUCAUAUAUUCAAAAAUUACUUGAUGAGAUACAACUGCAUAAAGAAACUUCAUUACCACCACCGGAUUUUGAUGCAAUUACUCUCUAUCAUGAAGAUUUAUGCAUGGAUGGAAGAUAUCCUUUUAGAGAAUUAAUAGAUGAUUAUAUUGAUGACAAAAUAACAAUGAUGUUAUAUGGACAUGAUCUCUUAAAAACAAACUAUAAGUUAUUAGAAAUUAUCACCUUUUCAAUUAACGACCUGUCUGUAAAAUCUUCUGACUUACUAAACCAAUUUUUAUCGCAUACAUCAUUUACUCUAUCAAGUAUGGAAAAAGAAAUUGCUAUUGGAAGGUUUUCAAAAUCACAUCUUCAAAAUCAUAGAACAUAUUUACAACUUUCUAAUAGUUAUUUUACCACUAGAUUUGUCACAUUUUUACAAAAUAUGAAAGAAUUAUUUGUUGCAUUUUUAGAAGAAAAAAACUAUUUAAAAAGACCUGAAGAGAAUCCAACUUUAAUUUUAAUUUUUCCACUACCAAAAUUUAAUUCUUAUACUAGAAAUUAUAAUCCUUGGACGGAGUUGCUUUUUCCCAAUCCCAAAGACAUUAAUGAAAUGCCAUUUAUUUCCGAAAUUCUUUUAGAACUCACCAAAACAGAUAUCAUUAAUGAAAAAAUUCAUAAUUUAAUAGAUAGUGAUGAAAGGGUAAUUCAGGAAUUAAAAAAAAUUUUUAGUGAAGAAAUUGAAAAAUUAAAAACAAUGAUAGACGAAUUAAAAAAUUAG